UUCUCCUUAAAGAAGUUAAGGGUAAACAAUACCUCUGGUAUUGAAGAACUAAAUAUGUUCACAAACCAAGGAACAGUGAUCCACUUUAACAACCCUAAAGUUCAGGCAUUGCGGGCAGUGAAUACUUUUAUUAUUACAGGCCAUACUCAAAUAAAGCAGCUUAAAGAAAUGCUUCCCAGUAUCUUAAACCAACUUUAUGCAAACAGUCUGACUAGUUUCAGAAGACUGGCUGAAUCUCUGCCCAAACAAUCUUUGGAUGAAAAAGCACAACUUGCUACCAGAAAGGUGGAUGAUGAUGAAAUUCUAGAUCUUGUGUACAAUUUUGAUGAAGCUUCAGAGAAUGAAGCGAAGUGA